GAACAGUUGCAGGUACGGCGGCGUCCUGCGUGGUAGUUUGCUGCGCUCUCCGUCAUCUUUAUAACCUUGUUACUGAAUUUUUUUUGACUUUCUAGACAAGCAGGUGGUGUUAACUUAAUCUAUAUCCUCGUGAUAUAGUAGUGAUGCUGAUGUGUGAGAAACAUGAGUAAUAACGUGUGACACGACCUGAAUCCAAGGAAAACUUGACCCAAAGCAAUAUACAGUUAACAGGUUUUGGAAAGGGAGCUCUAAUGUAAGCUUUUGCUAUUUUUAACCACAAAUAUAUAAACAUAAAUGUGAGAAACUGAAGUGCUUCUUCUAUAAUGGUGCUAGAGGGGAAGUGUUUUAGAAGGCUGAAGUAGGACUGACAUGAUAACGGCAACUCCAUUAUCAAGAUGAUAAAAUGUGUACGACUUCAGCGAGGUGGGCGGUGGCGGGCGGUUCGUGUGGGCGUAGUUGUUCUCCUACUGUUGUGGGCGUGGGUGAGCUUCUCCCAGCACGCCUAUAACUUACCCUCAACCACCCUCAGUGACAGGUUUAGUCGGUCACCGAAUCUGCAGGUGGCAGCGCCUCCUGAUGUUGCAAUGGACGCUGAGGCUGGCCAGGAUCACAUCCAGCCACACCCCCUGCAGGAGACCUUACAGGAGCCCCUGCAGAUAAAGACCCAGGACAAUAUAAAGGAGCUAAAGCAUGGUGUGGCUGCAGCUGCUUUCAUUGAUAGCAACAACAUAAACCCACGAUACAAUGCAAAAGUUGUCAAGGACAAAAUAAAAGAGCUCAAUCCCAAACCAUUUAGAAACAAAAUCUUUUUCCAACAAAAGAUACUUGAUAUUCCUGAAGCCUACCAAGAGGAAUAUUACGAAUAUGAUGAAGAUGCAGAUGAAGAAGGAAAGUUUAAAGGGAGGAACAGAAAUGUAGAUGAUAAUAAUGCUAUUGAAGAGGAAGAUGAAGCAGGUGCUGUCAAGGAUAAUAUUGCAUUGGAGGAUAUUGGUGGUGAAGCCUUCAAGAAGAGAAAAGGUAAAAGAAAACACAAGAAACCUGCAAAAACCAAGAAAGAUGUAGAGAACGAUGGUAAAAUAUUAUUGAGAGUAAACAGACAAGUUAAGAUAGACAACAACAUGGCAGAAAACCAUGAUUUUGAGACUGGGGCUCGAGGGCAGGCAGUUGUGCACAAUGAAGUUAGUGCUGUGCGUGACCUGCCAGAUUUGGAAGGUAAUGUGGAAGCCAUUGAAAAAAUUAUGUCUGACCGGAGGUCAAGAGUUAAAGAAGUGUGUGGAAGGUAUGGUUUAGGACCCAAUGCUACCCAUAAGAAACCAAGAAUCAAACAUCCACCAACACCUAACCAUGAAGUCUUCUACAUAGACAGACCUGAUCUACUAGCAUGGUGCCCCAUAUACAAGGCAGCAUCAACAUCUUGGCUUUACAACUUCCUCACUCUAGCCAGUCUUUCCGAGUCAUAUGUACGCAACACCAAGGAGCAAGUAUCACAUGUAGCCAGAAGGAUAUGGCCUCCCCUUGAAUAUGAGGAUGCAAAACAGGCUUUCAAAGUGUGUCUGAAGUUCAUGAUAGUGCGCCACCCCUUUGAACGAUUAGUAUCUGCUUUCCGAGAUAAGCUUGAAAACAUAAAUAUUGGCAAGGAAAAUGGUGUUGAGCACUUCUAUCUCAAGUUUGGUCAGAAAAUUGUGGCCAAAUAUCGUCCAGCUGGCCAGGGACCCCCUGCAAAUCGUUACUCGCAGGAUAUGGAUGAUCCAAGCUUACCUGCUCCCAGUGGCAUUGAGCCUACUUUUUCUGAAUUUAUAAAAUAUUUAAUUGAUACAGAUCUAAUUUAUUAUGCAGACGAUCACUGGAUGCCGUAUUACCUUCACUGUACGCCAUGUCUGGUUGAUUAUGAAGUUAUUGCUAAAUUUGAAACCCUGGACAGAGACCAGAAUUAUAUCAUACAUAAAAGUCAUCUGGAGAAGAAGAUCAAACCAUCAUGGAAACAUCUGACUAAAGGAAAGAAAACUUCAGACAUGGUUCAGAAAUACUUUGCCACCAUAACCAAAACAGAACUGAUGAAGUUGUAUGAAAAAUACAAACUUGACUUUGAGCUAUUUGAUUAUUCUGUUGAUGAAUACCUGGAUUAUGUUCGACAAUCAUAGCACCAAACAUGACUGUUAAUUGUUAUCUGUGUGGGGGAAGAAUACUGCAGAUGCUGUACGCUUAUAAAUAUAAUCCCGUGGGAAAAUAUUUUAAUAAA